UGUACAAUGGUAGGUAUACGGUUAUCAAUCAGUCAAGUCGAUAUAAUUUAGAUUUAUGAAUAUGUUUUCUAUUUACAUUUUAACCUUGAGACGGAUAAUAAAAUCGGAGAAUGCACAGAGAAAUAAAUAAGGGAUAAUUCAUUUUUUAAACAAAGUUUUAGCUAAGUAAUUAACUUUUUAAUAUCGACAAACUCAACAAUUAUAAUUAAACGAGAAUAUCUUGAUUGUGUUGCAUUGAAACAUUUUCUUCCUUUUUAUUCUUCUAGUAUUGCGGAUCUCCAAGAACGUGGUGUACCUGGGUACCAGAAUAAAUAUAUUCUCGAUUGACUUAAUGAAAGGGCUUAUUACUUUCACUUGACCUUUUUAUCUUCUAUUAACGUGUACGUGUUGCAUCACUGUGCCCUUUUUUUAUCGUGGAGUGGCCUUACGCAUACUACCCUUGCAAAGAUAAGGGUGGCAAAGUCGGAUUUGCGCCGAAUAAAAUCCCACGGUGGUCUUCAACUGCGAUAUUAGGGAACCGCAGGAUCUCCAAAUGGAAAACUACCGCCGCCCCCCAAGACGCUUUGCAAUUAAAUAGUUGUCCUCCUACUAUAGCCACCGGUCACUUCUCGGGGAUGCACUACCGGGGGAUCUGGGCCCUAAACCUGACCAUUUGCAACCCUAAAAAUUUGCUAGAUAUGAAUUAAGGGAAAACCCGCGUCAUUACUGACGGUCUCCGCGAGGCGCACCAAGGCCACGAGGGCGACGUCUUUUUGCGGGAUCUGCUCUGACACGAGACCGCUCAGCAGCUUCCUUUUUUACAAUCAAGGUUUUACAGAAGGAAGCUACUGCUCUCCAAUUCGAAAUCUCAUUCAGGCAUCAGUGUGCCCUUGAUCGGCACUUACCUCCGAGAAAAAUUAAAAAACAUUGUAAAUUAAAAGGUCAAACUUAAGCACCGUCUACUUUGUGCUCUACUCUUUGCAAAUUGAGUUUGACAAUUAAGUGACAUUGUGACAACUGUCAAUCAAAAGGACGUUUAAAUGUAAAUACAGGAGUUGAAUUUUUAAUUAUCAAUUAAUGUUAUUUCAAAAUGAAAUAAAUAAAAUGUGUAAUUUGAACAAAAAACUCAAAAUUAAACGAAGCGGGUGUAUGUGAACGAAAUUUUAAAAGGUACGUUAAGAUCGUUUAAAUGUUUAAUGUGUUUGAGCAAUGAAAGCAGUGGAUAAACUGCAAUUUAAUCUUAUGGAAAAGGAUAUAAAAGUAAUUAAAAAGGCGAAUGACAUGUCUAUGAAACCCGAAGAUAUACCCGGAUUAAUAGAAGAACAUUAUGAAAACGAAACGGAGGAAAAAGAUAAUUCGAGUGAAUUAAACAUUGAACAUCUGUGUCGAAUAUGUUUAUUAACAAGAAAAACUUUGUUUACUUCAUUAUCUGAGACUUGCGAAGAUUUACUUGAUAUGUAUUUUGCUGUAACAUCAAUAAAAGUUGAUAAGGAAAGUUUUAUAUUUAAGAUAUGUGAAAGAUGUAAAAUGGAUCUUACAUUUUUCUAUGAUUUUAAAAACAAAUGCCUAAAAUCUGAUUUAAUUUUCAAGACCCUCAUUGAUGAAAUAAAAACAAAUGAAGGUGAUGGCACAAGACCUACUAUUAAAAUUGAAAAUAGCUGGACAGAAACAGAAGAAGAUAUUGAGCAUGAAGAUGUACAAUAUCUGGAUGACACCCUUGAUUAUGAUAUGGUUGAUGACAAUGAUGAGAGAAUCAGUGUAACAAUAAGAAGGGAAAUAGAUACUGCAAAGAAUAAACGAAAGGCAAAUCCAGAUUCAAGACGCCGAAAUAAAAAUAAAUUGAAGCAAAAAUAUAAUUGUGCAAUGUGUCCUAAGAAAUUUCUUAAGGCACAAAUACUAAAAGAUCAUAUGAAAAGUGAGCAUUGGACGCAGCUAUCUCACUCUUGCAAUCAAUGCAACAAUUCAUUCUCUUCAGAGCAUGAUUUGCAGCUCCAUUUGCCGAUACAUUCCAAAACUGAUGUAUGGACUUGUAAGGAAUGCAGCAAACAGUUUAAUGGUGAGCAGAUUUUUUUUCUUAUAUUUAGAUCAGGAGAGAAGCCGUACACUUGCAAAGUUUGCGAGCGCAAGUUCGGCUGCGGGUCUUCUCUGAAGAAUCACAUGACCACUCACACCGGCGACAAGCCCUACCAGUGCACCGUCUGCAACAAGAAGUUUUCUCGUAGCAACAUGCGGCUGCACAUGGCGAUGCACACAGGCGAGCGGCCGCACGCGUGCGCCGCCUGCGGGAAGCGCUUCGCGCGCCCCUGGGCACUGCGCGAGCACAGCCGCCUGCACACAGGAGAAAAACCGUUCGAAUGCGCGAAGUGUAACGAUAAGUUUUCCAGCAAGUCUCAACUGAUGAGACAUUUUAAAGCACGUCACGAGAAAAAUAAUAAACCAGUUAAGAAAGUUGUUCAAAAACCAAAAAUAUCAAAACCUUACGUACUACCUGACAAAAUAGUAUUUUCUGAUGAUAGAAAUGAAACAAUCGAACAAGAAAAUGCUAGAGAAGAAAAUGUAUUACAAAAUAAUUUGAACACAGAUUCAAAAAUUAUGAGUCCUCAUGAUGUACCAUUAGUGACGGAAGAAGUGAUAUUACAAGACAACGAUGAUAAAAUAGAUUUAAUAGAAAACCAUGAAACUAGUCAAUAUCUUACACGGGAACAAGCAAGUGAACAAUUAAAAAGCCACAUACAUUAUAUAGAAAUGACUGAAAAUGGACCUAAUAUCUCAUCUGCCAUUUUAGAAGAUGGAGGAAUAAAACUGUACCAAUUAGAUCAAAUACACAGAUCUGGUAGAGAAUUAACUGUACAUAAAGUAACCAGUAUGAAGACCAAUUUUUAACACAUUCAGGGCUACAAUUGAAAAGUGAGUUCAUUAUCAGUGGCAUUGAGUGUAUUGAAAUAUUUUAGUUGUAAUUAUUAUUUAUAAAUGGAAUUAUUUUUAUUGA